AGGUACAGAGGGGAUGAGACGUGUCCCCAGCGCUCUCCCAGUUCGCUGAAAAUAUCUGGGUCCAGGGCCUGAUUCCCACACCCGGGCCAGCCCUGCCGUGUGAGGGCGGAGGCCAGCUGCUACAGUCGGGGCCACUGCAAAGCCAUGGGGCCCCCGUGAACCGCCCAGCCUGGAUUUGCCCUGUGGGGUUCAGGGCACGGCCCUGCAGAACCAUCUGUUCAUGGAUGAGUGCGGUGAACCCAGUGUCUCCGGGAACCAUUGUCUGUCUGGUUUUUCAUCUUGGCUGCCGGGAAGCCCAGAGUCAGAGCUCACUUCCCCAGGCGACUCAAGUGUCUCCACCUGCUUAAGGAACGGUCUCGACCAGCCACUCACCUUCUCUGUCAGUCAUGUGUGUUGGCAUUACCUGCUUUGCCUCUUCUGCGCCUGUUUUCCCGAUGUCAUCGAGUUGGUUAUUCAUGGCGUUUUCAUUCAGUGCAGCAGAGAACUCAGAAUGGAUUACCCACUGUGAUGGAUCACUGUCGGGAAUGCUUUGGGCUGUAGGUACCGGAACCCCAGCCGAGUGUUUCUCCUGUAACAAGGAGUCUGCAGCUCCUGUCCGAAACCCCAGUGCCGUGAUAGGGAGUGGAAGCGGUGGAGUGGACCUUCUCUUCCUGCCCCUGCACUUAGUGUGUACCCCAGGAAGUGCAGUGACUCUCCGCCUCCUCCACGUUGCAUUGCCGCCAAAGCUGGUUUUUCCAGAAGAUGAAGGGAAAUGCUGAGAGAGGCAGAAAGCAACUGAUCCCAGAGGACAGCGGUGCAAGAAGACGUCAAGAUGACCAUUACAUCGGACGUCAGAUUAGAGUACUUGGAGGGAGUCGCUGCCAUCAUGCUUAAGUUCAAGCCAGACAAGUGGGGCAAAAUGCUGGGAGCGGAGGAGAACCUGGCCUUAUUCACGGAAUUCUUCGAGAAGCCGGACGUCUUGGUUCUGGUGCUGACGCUCAACCCCGCCGGCAUGAUCAUACCCUGCCUGGGCUUCCCGGCGUCCCUCAAGUCCAAAGGGGUUUACUUCGUCAAGAAGCAACCUGAGAACAUCAGCAAGACCAACUACAAGGAGAGUCUGAUCUAUGGGGACAUCAGCCCCACGCCUGUGGACCAGCUGAUAGCGACUGUGGAGGAGGUCCUCUACUCUCUGCUAAACCAAAGUGAAAACCUGAGUGGAUGGCCCCGGGUGGUCUCAGAAGACAUUGUCAAACAAGUCCACAAGCUGAAGAAUGAAAUGUUUGUCAUGGGGGGCAAGAUCAAAGGGAAGACGCUACUGCCCAUCCCUGAGCACCUGGGUAGUCUGGACGGCACGCCGGAGUCCAUGGAGAGGCUUCCCUCUUCCCUGGACAGCUUUCUGCUGCACGCCAUCGAAACCAUCAUCAUCGACUGGUCCCACCAGAUCAGGGACGUGCUGAGCAAAGACUCAGCCCAGGACCUGCUGGACGGGCUGCACCCCCUACCCCGAGUCGAGUUUGAGUUCUGGAACGCCCGGCUGAUGAAUCUCAAGUGCAUCCAUGACCAGCUAAACAGGCCCAAGGUGAACAAAAUAGUUGAGAUCCUGGAAAAAGCCAAAAGCUGCUACUGGCCAGCCCUGCAAAACGUGUACAUGAGCGUCACUGAAGGGCUGCAGGAAGCCAACGACAUCGUGCUGUACCUGACGCCGCUGCGCGUCCUGCUGGAGGAGAUGGAGCAGGCCGACUUCACAGUGCUGCCAGCCUUCAUCGCCAAGGUGCUGUACACCCUCUGCUUCAUCUGGGCCACCUCCGACCACUACAUCACCCCCUCCAGGAUCAUCGUCAUCCUGCAGGAGUUCUGCAACCAGAUCAUUGACAUGACACGGACUUACCUGAGCCCAGAAGAGGUGCUGAAAGGCUUGCAGGGCGAAACCGAGGAGAUCCUGAAUGGUAUCUCUCUGUCUGUGAACAUUUUGAAGGAGCUCUACCGGACCUACGACUUCUGCUGCGCAAACAUGAAGCUUUUCUUCAAGGAAGACAAACAGCUGGUGCCUUGGGAAUUCCCUUCUUCUUUUGCGUUUUCCAGAAUGAAUUCUUUCUUUCAUCGCAUCCAGACCAUUGAGGACCUCUAUAAAACGGCUAUCGAGUUCCUGAAGCUGGAGAAGAUCGAGCUCGGGGGAGUGAGAGGGAACAUCCUGGCAAACCUGGUCACUCAGAUUUACGACGAGGUCUUUGAGCUGGUGAAGGUGUUUGCUGACUGCAAAUACGACCCCUUGGACCCGGAAGAUUCGAGUUUUGAUGAUGAUUACGCUGAUUUUGAGACCAAAAUUCAAGAUCUGGAUAGGAGGCUGGCCACGAUCUUCUGCCAAGCGUUCGACGACUACAAUUCAAUCGAGUCGUGCGCAAAGCUCCUGUACAUGUGUGGGGGCCUGUUGGAGCGGCCUCUGAUUCUCAUCGAGGUGGUGCCCCGGUAUUCGGUCAUGCUGGGCAUGUUUGACGCCGAGCUGGACAACACCAAGAUGUUGUACGAUGCCCAGAUUGCAGCCUCCGCAGACGGGAAUAUCCCCCCAAUCCACAGAAACAUGCCCCCCGUGGCCGGGCAGCUCAAGUGGAGCCUGGAGCUGCAGGAGCGGCUGGAGGCACCCAUGCGGGACCUGAGGCGCAUAGAGCAUCCGGUCAUGUCCAGCGUGGAGGCCAAGCUGAUCUUCCAGAAAUACGCCGAGAUGAUGGAGCUGCUGAGGAAGUACCGCGAGCGGAUCUACCAGCAGUGGGUGGCUCGCGUGGACCAGGAUUGCCACUUCAACCUGGGGCAGCCCCUCAUACAGAGGGACCCCCUCACAAACCUCGUCCACGUCAACUUCAGCAAGGCGUUGGUGGCAGUUCUGAGAGAGGUCAAGUACUUGAACUUCCAGCAACAAAAAGAGAUUCCAAUGAGCGCUGAGAAUCUGUUCUCACAGCACGAGACCUUCUGGAAGUUUGUGGGCAACUUGGAGCUCAUUGUUGGCUGGUACAACGAGAUAAAGACCACCAUGAUGAAUGAAGAGUUUCCACUAAUACAGUCAGAAUUGGAAGCAAUCGACGUCAAAUUACUGGGCGCUGAAACGACAUUGUUCUGGAAUGGCAAAGGUGUGUUUGAAUAUAUUCAGGAGAUGCGAGAAAUUCUCUACAACUUGCAGAACAGGAUCCAGAAAGCCAAGCAAAACAUAGAGGCCAUCUCCCAGGCCAUGAAGGAUUGGUCGGCCAACCCGUUGUUCGAAAGAAAGGACAACAAGAAAGAGGCCCUGUUAGACUUGGACGGAAGGCUCGUCACCCUCAACAGACGCUACACCGCAGUCAAGGAAGCCGGCCUGAGGAUCCACGCCAUGGUGGCGGAAAACGCAGAGCUGUUCAGAGCGGACACCACGAGCCAGUCCUGGAGAGAUUAUGUCAGCUACAUUGACUACCUGGUCUUAGACGAAUUUGACAAUUUCAUUCGAAAAUCUCUAAAUUACUUCAUGGACAACAUGGUUAUGGAUGAGAACGUCGCACCGCUGUUUGAGGUCCACAUGGAGUUGGACGACGACGGGCUGGUCUUCAGUCCAUCCAUGGAGAUCGGCGCGGACCACAGCUUCCUGGCGCUCGUCGAGAGCCUGAUCAACGACAUCUACAACGUGGCCAAGCUCAUCCCCCGACUGAAGAGCAGACUGAACUACAAGUCAGACCUGGAAGACAUGGGGGAUCUCAUAGAUAUGCGGGAGGAGAUCUCCAACCUGGUCGUCAGUGCCAUGAAGGAGGCGCAGGAAUACCAGGACUCCUUCGAGAGGUACUCCUAUCUCUGGACGGACAACCUCCAGGAGUGCAUGAAGAAUUUCCUCCUCUACGGCCAUGCGGUCACCCAGGACGACUGGGACAUCCGGGCCGAGGACUUUGUCCCCAAGUCGCCACCCACCCUCACUCAGUUCCAGCAGCAGAUCGACUCCUAUGAGAAGCUGUACGAAGAAGUGUCCAAGUGCGAAAACACCAAGGUGUUCAGCGGCUGGCUGCAGUGUGACUGCCGCCCCUUCAAGCAAGGCCUGCUCAAUACCAUCAAGCGCUGGAGCUUUAUGUUCAAGCGUCACCUGAGCAACCACGUCCUCAGUAGCCUCAGUGACCUGGAAGCCUUCAUGAAAGUCUCCAGGAUGGGCUUAAUGAAGCCCCUCAAGGAAGGUGAUUAUGAUGGUCUCGUGAAGGUGAUGGGGCAUCUGAUGAAGGUCAAGGAAAGGCAGGUGGCGACUGACACCAUGUUUCAGCCCCUGAAGCAAACCAUUGAGCUGCUCAAGACCUACGGGGAGGAGCUGCCCGAGGAGACACACGUGAAGCUGCAGGAGCUGCCGGAGCAGUGGACCAACACCAAGAAGCUGGCCAUCCAGGUGAAACAGAAUGUGGCACCUCUCCAGGCCAAUGAGGUCAACAUCCUGAGGCGCAAGUGCCAGCAGUUCGAGCUCAAGCAGCACGAGUUCAGGGAGACGUUCAGGCAAGAAGCCCCAUUCACCUUCAGAGACCCCGACCCCUACGAGUCCCUGAAUAAGCAACAAAACAGCCUCAUGGCCAUGGAGAGCGUCAUGGAGGCGCUGUGCCAGUCCGGGAGCCUGUUCGAAGUCCCCGUCCCCGAUUACAAGCAGCUCAAAGCUUGUCGCAAAGAGGUCUGCCUGCUGAAGGAGCUCUGGGACAUGAUCAUCAUGGUGAACACCAGCAUCGACGACUGGAAGACCACGAAGUGGAAAGACAUCAACGUGGAGCAGAUGGACAUCGACUGUAAGAAGUUUGCCAAAGACAUGAGGUCUUUGGACAAGGAGAUGAAGACCUGGGAUGCCUUCUUGGGACUGGACAACACAGUGAAGAACAUGAUCACCUCCCUGCACGCCGUGAGCGAGCUGCAGAACCCCGCCAUCCGGGAGCGCCACUGGCAGCAGCUCAUGCAGGCCACCCAGGUGAAGUUCAACAUGUCAGAGGACACUACCCUGGCGGAUUUACUGCAGCUGAACCUACACAAAUACGAGGACGAGGUCCAGAAUAUUGUGGACAAAGCUGUGAAGGAGUCCGGGAUGGAGAAGGUGCUGAAAGCCCUGGACAGCACCUGGUCCACCAUGGUGUUUGAGCACGAGCCACACCCGCGGACCGGCACCAUGUUGCUCAAGUCGGACGAGGUGCUGGUGGAGACGCUGGAGGACAACCAGGUGCAGCUGCAGAACCUGAUGAUAUCCAAGUACCUGUCCCACUUCCUGAAGGAGGUGACAAGCUGGCAGCAGAAGCUAUCCACAGCAGACUCGGUCAUCUCCAUCUGGUUUGAGGUCCAGAGAACCUGGAGCCACCUGGAGAGCAUCUUCAUUGGUUCCGAAGACAUCCGCACCCAGCUGCCCGAGGACUCCAGGAGCUUCGACGACAUUGACGUGGAGUUCAAGGCCUUGAUGGCAGACGCGGUGAAGACACCCAACGUGGUGGAAGCCACCAACAAACCCGGUCUCUAUGACAAACUUGAGAAUAUGAAAAAGAGGCUGGCUGUGUGCGAAAAGGCCUUGGCGGAAUACUUAGAGACAAAAAGACUGGCUUUCCCAAGGUUCUACUUUGUCUCCUCGGCUGAUCUCCUGGACAUUCUCUCCAACGGAAAUGACCCUGUGGAGGUGAGCCACCACCUGUCCAAACUCUUCGACAGUCUGUGCAAACUCAAGUUCAGACUCGAUGCCAACGAAAAACCACUCAAAGUUGGCCUGGGCAUGUACAGCAAGGAGGACGAGUAUGUGGAUUUCGAUCGCGAGUGUGACCUCUCAGGGCAGGUGGAAGUCUGGCUGAACCGAGUGUUGGACCGGAUGUGCGCCACCCUCCGAUUCGAAAUCCCAGAAGCUGUGGUGACAUAUGAGGAGAAGCCCAGGGAGCAGUGGAUCUUUGACUACCCCGCUCAGGUGGCGCUCACGUGCACUCAGAUUUGGUGGACCACGGAGGUGGGCAUGGCAUUUGCGCGGCUGGAGGAAGGAUACGAGAACGCUAUCAAAGAUUACAACAAAAAGCAGAUCAGUCAGCUGAACGCGCUCAUCACGCUGCUCAUCGGGAACCUGAACGCCGGCGACAGGAUGAAGAUCAUGACCAUCUGCACCGUCGACGUGCACGCCCGGGACGUGGUGGCCAAACUGAUCUCGGCCAAGGUGGAGAGCUCGCAGGCCUUCACCUGGCAGUCCCAGCUCCGGCAUCGCUGGGACGAAGAGAAGAGGCACUGCUUCGCCAACAUCUGCGACGCCCAGAUCCAGUACUCCUACGAGUACCUGGGUAACACGCCGCGGCUGGUCAUCACCCCGCUCACCGAUCGAUGCUACAUAACUUUGACCCAGUCUCUCCACCUGAUCAUGGGUGGAGCCCCCGCUGGCCCUGCCGGGACUGGCAAGACAGAGACGACCAAGGACCUGGGCAGGGCAUUGGGCACCAUGGUGUAUGUCUUCAACUGCUCCGAGCAGAUGGACUACAAGUCCUGUGGAAACAUCUACAAGGGCCUGGCCCAGACCGGAGCCUGGGGCUGCUUUGACGAGUUUAACCGAAUCUCUGUGGAGGUCUUGUCUGUGAUCGCUGUGCAGGUGAAAUGUGUCCAGGAUGCCAUCCGGGCCAAGAAGAAGAAGUUCAGCUUCCUGGGGGAGAUGAUAACCCUCAUCCCCACCGUCGGCAUCUUUAUCACCAUGAACCCUGGGUACGCGGGGCGCACGGAGCUGCCCGAGAACCUGAAGGCCUUGUUCAGGCCCUGUGCCAUGGUCGUCCCCGACUUUGAGCUCAUCUGUGAGAUCAUGCUGGUGGCCGAGGGCUUUCUGGAGGCCCGCCUUCUGGCCAGGAAGUUCAUCACGCUCUACACCUUGUGCAAAGAGCUGCUGUCGAAGCAGGAUCACUAUGACUGGGGCCUGAGGGCCAUCAAGUCUGUGCUGGUGGUGGCCGGCUCGCUGAAGAGGGGCGACCCCAGCCGGGCAGAGGACCAAGUGCUCAUGAGGGCGCUGAGGGACUUCAACAUCCCCAAGAUCGUGACCGACGAUCUGCCCGUGUUCAUGGGGCUGAUUGGGGACCUCUUCCCGACCCUGGACGUGCCUCGGAAACGGGACCUGAAUUUUGAAAAGAUCAUCAAGCAGAGCAUCGUGGAGCUCAGGCUGCAGGCGGAAGACAGCUUCCUGCUGAAGGUUGUGCAGCUAGAGGAGCUGCUGCAAGUGCGUCACUCGGUGUUCGUCAUUGGGAACGCAGGCAGCGGCAAGUCUCAGGUUCUCAGAUCUCUCAACAAGACCUACCAGAACCUGAAGAGGAAGCCAGUCGCAGUGGACCUGGACCCCAAGGCCGUCACCUGCGAUGAGCUCUUUGGCAUCAUCAACCCAGCGACCAGGGAAUGGAAAGACGGCCUUUUUUCCUCCAUUAUGCGGGACCUGGCCAACAUCACUCACGAUGGCCCCAAGUGGAUAGUCCUGGACGGGGACAUAGACCCUAUGUGGAUUGAAUCUCUCAACACUGUCAUGGAUGACAACAAGGUCCUCACCCUGGCCAGCAACGAGCGGAUCCCGCUGAACCGCACCAUGAGGCUGGUGUUUGAGAUCAGCCACCUGAGGACAGCCACGCCGGCCACCGUCUCUAGAGCCGGCAUUCUUUACGUCAACCCUGCGGAUCUAGGAUGGAACCCGGUGGUGAGCAGCUGGAUUGAGAGGCGCAAGGUGCAGUCUGAAAAGGCAAACCUGAUGAUCCUCUUCGACAAGUACCUGCCCACCUGCCUGGACAAGCUGCGCUUCGGGUUUAAGAAGAUCACGCCUGUGCCUGAGAUCACGGUCAUCCAGACGAUCCUGAACCUGCUGGAGUGCCUCCUCACGGAGAAGAGCACGCCGCCCGACUCCCCCAAGGAGCUGUACGAGCUCUACUUCGUGUUCGCCUGCUUCUGGGCCUUUGGGGGGGCCAUGUUCCAGGACCAGCUUGUAGACUAUCGCGUCGAGUUCAGCAAAUGGUGGAUCAAUGAAUUCAAAACGAUCAAGUUCCCCUCACAGGGAACCAUCUUUGACUACUACCUAGACCCUGACACUAAAAAGUUCCUGCCCUGGACGGACAAAGUGCCCCCCUUUGAGCUGGACCCUGAUAUUCCACUGCAGGCCUCCCUGGUGCACACCACGGAAACCAUCCGUAUCCGCUACUUCAUGGACCUGCUCAUGGAGAAGUCGUGGCCGGUGAUGCUGGUGGGGAACGCAGGGUCGGGCAAGUCGGUGCUGAUGGGUGACAAGCUGGAGAGCCUGAGCACUGACGACUACUUAGUGCAGGCUGUGCCCUUCAACUUCUACACCACCUCCGCUAUGCUGCAGGGGGUUCUUGAGAAGCCGCUAGAGAAGAAAUCAGGGAGGAACUUCGGGCCGCCAGGCACCAAGAAGCUGAUCUACUUCAUCGACGACAUGAAUAUGCCCGAGGUGGACAAAUAUGGGACGGUGGCCCCGCACACCCUCAUCCGGCAGCACAUGGACCACGGGCACUGGUAUGACAGGCAGAAGCUGACACUGAAGGAGAUCCACAACUGUCAGUAUGUGGCUUGCAUGAACCCCACCUCCGGGUCCUUCACCAUCGACCCCAGACUUCAGCGGUACUUCUGCGUGUUUGCCGUGAGCUUUCCAGGCCAGGAGGCCCUCACAACCAUCUACAGCACGAUCCUGAGCCAACACCUGGCCUCCCGCUCGGUCCCCAUACUGGUCCAGAGGAUAAGCAGCCAGCUGGUGGCCUCAGCCCUGGCCCUGCAUCAGAAAGUCACCGCAACAUUCCUUCCCACGGCCAUCAAGUUUCAUUACGUCUUCAACCUCAGGGACCUCUCCAACAUCUUCCAGGGGAUCCUAUUCUCCACGGCAGAGAUCCUGAAAACCCCGCUUGACCUUGUCCGCCUCUGGCUACAUGAAGCUGAAAGAGUGUAUGGCGACAAAAUGGUUGAGGAGAAAGACCAAGAAACACUGUACAGAGUCACCGUCGCUUCCACCAAGAAAUUCUUUGAUGAUCUUGGUGAUGAGGUCUUAUUUGCCAAACCCAGGAUCUUCUGCCACUUUGCUCACGGGAUCGGUGAUGCCAAAUACCUCCCGGUCACCAACAUGGCUCACCUGAACAAGAUUCUCGUGGACGCCCUGGACGGUUACAAUGAGGCCAACGCAGUCAUGAGCUUGGUGCUGUUUGAGGACGCGGUGUCGCAUGUCUGCAGGAUCAACCGGAUCCUAGAGUCCCCCCGUGGGAACGCCCUGCUAGUGGGCGUGGGCGGCAGCGGCAAGCAGAGCCUCUCGCGCCUGGCCGCCUUCAUCAGCUCCCUGGAUGUGUUCCAGAUCACCCUCAGGAAGGGCUACGGGGUCCCAGACCUCAAGAUUGACCUGGGCGCUCAGUACAUAAAGGCGGCGGUGAAGAACGUCCCCUCCGUGUUCCUGAUGACAGACUCCCAGGUGGCUGAGGAGCAGUUUCUGGUGCUGAUCAACGACCUGCUGGCCUCAGGGGAGAUCCCGGGGCUGUUUGGGGACGACGACAUGGACAGCAUCAUCUCCUCCAUGCGCCCGCACGUGAAGUCCCUCGGCAUGACCGACACUCGGGAAGCGUGCUGGAAAUUCUUCAUUGAGAAAGUACGCAGGCAGCUUAAGGUGAUUCUGUGUUUCUCCCCCGUGGGCUCCGUCCUGCGUGUGCGGGCAAGAAAAUUCCCUGCUGUGGUGAACUGCACGGCCAUCGACUGGUUCCAUGAGUGGCCAGAGGAGGCCCUGGUGUCCGUCAGCGCCCGCUUCCUACAGGAAACUGAGGGGGUUCAGCCGGAGUUCAAGGACUCCAUCAGCCUCUUCAUGGCCUACGUGCACACAACCGUCAACGAGAUGUCCAAGGUGUACUUGGCCACCGAGCGGCGCUUCAACUACACCACGCCCAAAACCUUCCUGGAGCAGAUCAAACUCUACCAGAACCUGCUGGCCAAGAAGAAGUUGGAGCUGGUGGCCAAAAUCGAAAGGCUAGAAAACGGGCUGAUGAAACUGCAGAGCACGGCUUCUCAGGUGGAUGAUUUAAAAGCCAAGCUGGCAAUUCAGGAGAUUGAGCUCAAGCAGAAGAACGAGAAUGCGGACAAGUUGAUCCACGUGGUGGGAGUGGAAACGGAGAAGGUCAGCAAGGAGAAGGCCAUUGCCGAUGAGGAAGAAGUGAAGGUGGAAGUAAUCAACAAGAAUGUCGCUGAGAAACAAAAGGCUUGCGAGACAGACCUGGCCAAGGCAGAGCCUGCCCUGCUGGCCGCACAGGAAGCUCUUGACACUCUGAAUAAGAACAACCUGACAGAGCUGAAGUCUUUCGGGUCCCCGCCGGACGCCGUGGUCAACGUCAUGGCCGCCGUGAUGAUUCUGACCGCGCCUGGGGGCAAGAUCCCCAAGGACAAGAGCUGGAAGGCUGCGAAAAUCAUGAUGGGCAAAGUGGACACGUUCCUGGACUCCCUGAAAAAGUUUGACAAGGAGCACAUCCCCGAGGCCUGCCUGAAAGCCUUUACGCCCUACCAAGGCAACCCGACGUUCGACCCCGAGUUCAUCCGCUCCAAGUCCACGGCGGCCGCGGGCCUGUGCUCCUGGUGCAUCAACAUUGUCCGCUUCUACGAGGUCUACUGCGACGUGGCCCCCAAGAGACAGGCCCUGGAGGAGGCUAAUGCAGAGCUGGCAGAGGCUCACGAGAAGCUCUCCCGGAUCAAGAACAAGGUUGCCGAACUCAAUGCCAACCUGAGCAACCUAACAUCCGCAUUCGAAAAGGCAACAGCUGAGAAAAUCAAGUGCCAACAGGAGGCCGAUGCCACCAACAGGGUGAUCUCGCUGGCCAACAGGCUCGUGGGAGGACUGGCGUCGGAAAACGUCCGCUGGGCUGAAUCGGUGGAGAACUACAAGAGCCAGGGGGUCACCUUGUACGGGGACGUCCUGCUGAUUUCCGCCUUCGUCUCCUACGUGGGCUAUUUCACCAAGAAAUACCGAAACGAGCUGAUGGAGAAGUUUUGGAUCCCUUAUAUAAAACAAUUAAAGGUCCCCAUCCCCAUCACGGAAGGUCUGGACCCCUUGAGGCUGCUGACUGACGACGCCGAUGUGGCCACUUGGAACAACCAGGGACUCCCCAGUGACCGCAUGUCCACUGAGAACGCCACCAUCCUGUGCCACACCGAACGCUGGCCCCUCAUCGUGGAUGCCCAGCUGCAAGGAAUCAAGUGGAUCAAGAACAAAUACCAGAAUGAGCUGAAAGCCAUCCGCCUGGGACAGAAGAGCUACCUGGACAUCAUCGAGCAGGCCAUCUCAGAAGGGGACACCUUGCUUAUCGAGAACAUUGGUGAAACCGUGGACCCCGUUCUGGACCCUCUCCUGGGCAGGAACACGAUUAAAAAGGGAAAGUUCAUUAAGAUCGGGGACAAGGAGGUCGAGUACCACCCCACAUUCCGCCUCAUCCUGCACACCAAGCAAUUCAACCCCCACUACAAGCCCGAGAUGCAGGCCCAGUGCACCCUCAUCAACUUCCUGGUCACCAGGGAUGGCCUCGAGGACCAGCUCCUGGCCGCUGUGGUGGCCAAAGAGCGCCCAGAUCUAGAGCAGCUGAAGGCGAACCUCACCAAGUCCCAGAACGAGUUUAAGAUUGUUCUGAAAGAGCUGGAGGACUCCCUGCUGGCCCGGCUGUCGGCCGCAUCCGGGAACUUCCUGGGAGACACCACCCUAGUAGAGAACCUGGAGACCACCAAACACACAGCCAAUGAAAUUGAGGAGAAGGUGCAAGAGGCAAAAAUCACAGAGGUUAAAAUCAAUGAGGCAAGAGAGAACUACCGGCCAGCUGCGGAGAGGGCGUCCCUGCUGUACUUCAUCCUGAACGACCUCAAUAAGAUUAACCCCAUAUACCAGUUCUCCCUCAAGGCCUUCAACGUGGUCUUCGAGAAAGCCAUCCAGAAGACGGCCCCCGCCGAGGAGGUCAAACAGCGAGUGAUGAACCUGAUGGACGAGAUCACCUAUUCCAUCUACAUGUACACGGCCCGCGGGCUCUUCGAGCGGGACAAGCUCAUUUUCCUGGCACAAGUGGCGUUUCAGGUCUUGUCCAUGAAGAAGGAGCUGAAUCCCAGCGAGCUGGACUUCCUCUUGCGGUUCCCUUUCAAGGCCGGGCUCGUGUCGCCCGUGGACUUCCUGCAGCCUCAGGGGUGGGGCGGCAUCAAGGCUCUCUCGGAGAUGGAUGAGUUCAAAAACCUGGACAGCGACAUUGAAGGAUCCGCCAAGCGGUGGAAGAAGCUCGUGGAGUCAGAAGCCCCAGAAAAGGAAAUCUUCCCGAAGGAAUGGAAGAACAAGACGGCCCUACAGAAGCUGUGCAUGGUGCGGUGCAUGAGGCCCGACCGCAUGACCUACGCCGUCAAGAACUUCGUGGAGGAGAAGAUGGGCAGCAAGUUCGUGGAGGGCCGGAGCGUGGAGUUCUCCAAGUCCUACGAGGAGAGCAGCCCCUCCACGCCGAUCUUCUUCAUCCUUUCCCCAGGGGUCGACCCCCUGAAAGACGUGGAAGCCCUAGGGAAAAAGCUGAAAUUCACCAUAGACAAUGGGAAACUCCACAACGUGUCCCUGGGGCAGGGACAAGAGGUGGUGGCGGAGAACGCUCUGGACGUGGCUGCAGAGAAGGGACACUGGGUCAUUCUGCAGAACAUCCACCUGGUCGCCCGGUGGCUGAGCACCCUGGACAAGAAGGUGGAACGGUACAGCGUGGGCAGCCACGAGGACUACCGUGUGUUCAUGAGCGCGGAGCCCGCCCCCGGCCCCGAGUCCCACAUCAUCCCUCAGGGCAUCCUGGAAAACGCCAUCAAAAUCACCAACGAGCCGCCCACGGGCAUGCACGCCAACCUGCACAAGGCCCUGGACCUCUUCACCCAGGACACUCUGGAGAUGUGCACCAAGGAGCUAGAGUUCAAGUGCAUCCUCUUCGCCCUGUGCUACUUUCACGCUGUGGUGGCCGAGAGGCGCAAGUUUGGGGCACAGGGCUGGAACAGGUCGUACCCCUUCAACAACGGGGACCUCACCAUCUCCGUCAACGUGCUCUACAACUACCUGGAGGCCAACGCCAAGGUGCCUUGGGACGACCUCCGCUACCUUUUUGGUGAAAUCAUGUACGGCGGCCACAUCACGGAUGAUUGGGACCGCCGGCUGUGCAGGACGUAUCUGGUGGAAUACAUCCGCACAGAGAUGCUGGAGGGGGAGGUGCAGCUGGCCCCGGGGUUUCUUAUCCCCCCAAGCCUGGACUACAAGAGUUAUCAUGAAUACAUCGAUGAGAACCUGCCCCCCGAGAGUCCCUACCUGUACGGCCUGCACCCCAAUGCAGAGAUCGGCUUUUUAACGGUCACCUCGGAGAAGCUGUUCCGUACUGUCCUGGAAAUGCAGCCCAAAGAGACGGACUCAGGAGCAGGCACCGGCGUGUCCCGCGAGGAGAAGGUGAAGGCUGUGCUGGAUGAGAUCCUUGAGAAGAUCCCAGAGACGUUCAACAUGGCCGAGAUCAUGGCAAAGGCGGCUGAGAAGACCCCCUACGUGGUGGUUGCCUUUCAAGAAUGUGAACGAAUGAACAUCCUAACCAACGAAAUGCGCCGCUCGCUAAAGGAGCUCAACCUGGGGCUGAAGGGGGAGCUGACAACCACGACCGACAUGGAGGACCUGUGCACGGCUCUGUUCUACGAUACCGUGCCCGACACAUGGGUGGCCCGGGCCUACCCCUCCAUGAUGGGCCUGGCGGCCUGGUAUGCCGACCUGCUUCAGCGCAUCAGGGAGCUCGAGGCCUGGACGACGGACUUCGCCCUGCCCACCACCGUGUGGCUGGCCGGCUUCUUCAACCCCCAGUCCUUCCUCACGGCCAUCAUGCAGUCCAUGGCCAGGAAGAACGAGUGGCCGCUGGACAAGAUGUGUCUGUCUGUGGAAGUGACCAAGAAAAACAGGGAGGACAUGACGGCCCCCCCACGAGAGGGCGCCUACGUGUACGGGCUCUUCAUGGAAGGCGCUCGCUGGGACACCCAGACCGGGGUCAUCACUGAAGCGCGGCUGAAGGAGCUGACGCCGGCUGUGCCCGUCAUCUUCAUCAAGGCCAUCCCUGUGGACCGCAUGGAGACCAAGAAUGUAUAUGAGUGUCCCGUGUACAAAACACGCCUCCGCGGCCCCACCUACGUCUGGACCUUUAACCUGAAAACCAAAGAGAAGGCCGCGAAGUGGAUCCUGGCGGGCGUGGCGCUGCUGCUGCAGAUCUAGCUGGCGCCCGCCCGAGGCCACGCUCCCCAGAUGCGAACCGCACCUCAAGCUCACAGCUAGAGUGUCCACCUUGCAAGGGGUGCUGCCUUUUCCCUCCUACAUACUCAAGGCACAUGGUAACCGUGCCCACGUGGACUGGCCAGAGGGUGAGGGUAGCGUGGGAGAGGGGAUUCGGGUGGGAUUAAAACAAUGACGUCACUGAGUUGUGCCCAUCUGAUUCAUCUGAGCCAGCCUGCAGCUCGGCACCUGAUGGCCACCAGGGACCUGGCACAGGCUUGGGGACGAGGCCCCAAUUUGAAACAGCCGGGGCAACUGUCCCAGGAACCAAACCCCCAAAUCCUGACUUCCCAUAGGGACCACAAGCAGCAUACAGGGUGAGGGCAUGGCAGUCCCACCCCUUGGUCCUAUGCUACAUGCCAAAUGCUACAUGCCAAAGACCCACCAAGAAGGGGACAGGGCAUUUCGUCAUAAACAGGAGCGGCCACCUCUCCAGUCCCCUAAAGCAUUCCCCUUCUGUCACGGUAAGGCCGCCUCCACAAACGACUCCCCAGAGGUGCCGUUUCCACAUAGCUGAAGUGCUUCCACACCAACUGCCCACUUCCUGAAGGUGCUGGCAACAGGACAUAACGAACAGGGAUGCGGGGAGCAGCUCAGACGUGUGGGCGUCCUGGGAGGUCUCAGGCUUCCGCAAAGAAGUGCCCAAGCCCACGGGCCCCUUGGGCCGCUGCCUUCACCUCCGCCCCUCCUCAGUCACGGCAAGGGCGCGGGGGUGCGGGGCUGGUCAGACCGUGCCCAUGAGCAGUCCAGGGCGCUGCUCGGCACCAAGAAGCCCUGACUUCCUACCCGUGAGGCCUGGGCGGUGGUACGAGGACUGCCCGGCGCUUGGUCCUCUGGACAAGGCCCUCAGCCAGUCCCCGUUUCAGGCCUCUGAACAUAUCCAGGGACAGGGCUCAAGAAAACGUGCGAGGACACAGCCCACCGCACCAGGCGGCCAGCAGCAGCCUGGCCCCUCGCCGUCUGGCCUCAGGCCUCUCUCUGCAGGCUCCUGACCCGAGGGCCGCCCUGGGACGGAGCUGGCUGGGACCUGGGAACCAGGAUGACUGGUAGGAGGCUGUUUCUAUCUGCCACCAGAAUCACCUCAGUAGAGUGAGACCAGUGAGUCCCAGACCCGUCUGACACAGUGGCGACGUUCCAGUGAAGAGACUGGACGGCCAGGGCUGGCUUGGGUAAGGGGGUACAGGCAAGAGGAGGGAACCCACCGGGAAACGGGAUGCAGGCGAGGCCGCGAGCAGAGCCCACAAACUCCAGAGGGGGCACACAGGGGGCCCCCUUCCUGUUUUUAGGCUUAAGAGCAGAGUAAAGGCUGAUAAGUCACGAGGAUCCUGGGACCCGAUGGGGCCGACAGGGGGAGUCCUCCCUCCCUGGGGGCCGAGGUUCAGGCAGGAGUUUGGGCCUGGGAGCCUGGCUGCCCGGCAACCUCCUCUACUGGCCAGGAGAGGUCGCUCCUCAGACAGACGGCACAGAAAACAGCUAGCAGUCACCAGGCAACUCAUCUUCAAUCCCCGGUAAUCACCACAAAUGGGAAGGGUUUCCAGUUUUGCCUUCAGAGCCUGAGACAGUCAGUAUUCCACACUAUGCAUUGUGAGCGGCUAACAGAAUUCUCUCCGAACUUUCCGAGAUGAUUUACCUCUAGGUUACAACCCAGUGAUGAGGAAACAGGGACGGGGCCAAAACCCGCUUCACACCUGAGUGCUGGGAGGCCUCGGCAGCCACUCUCUGCACCUGGGCUCUGCCACCUGGCUCACCGCCAGGAUGGCCAGAAGAGCCGGGAGCACUCCUGGGGGGACAGCUGCCCAGGACUGUCUUGUAGGUAAUUAGUAGGGACAAAGGGAGCAGCCAAGCGGAGAGCAGGCUGUGGCGGUGUUUGCGCUGAUCCCACAGAACCUGCAGGAAUGCCAGCGCUGUUUACAGAAAGCCUCUCUCCAAACAGAAACCCGGGCCGGCACAUUCUUUUGGCUUCUCUGGUCUAAUUGUCCCACAGGACAAUUUAACAACUAGUUUGAAGGCAAACAGUGUUAACUGAUGUGCUGCGGCCCCAGGGCAGGGCGGCCUUGGCCACCAGCCACUCCCAACCACUGAACCCGCAGGCUGCCUACGGCGAGGAGAGGCUGCAGAGGCUUCUGGUCUACGCCCAGAAGCCCCCUGCCCCUCACACAGGCAGCCUCGGGCUUCGGGGACCCCCGAGGUGACGGGCCAGGACUGAACACCGCACUGGCCACAUACCCCUUGACCCUCAGCAUCGAGCCCUUCGCACUGUCCCUUCCCCACAAGCCAAAGGCCCAAGCACCCCACCCCCACCCCCAGUGUGGGCAGGACAAGUGGGAGCCCAGAACAGCCCCACCCAGAGCACCUUGGGACGCUGAUCCCAUCUGGGGACCUCUGGGGUGAGCUCAGGGCCUAAGGGGUCUGGAGCACAGAGGGUCACUCAGGAAGACGCCACCUCCGGUGUCCGGGGGCAGCUCAGGUCAGGCUGCUCACUGGGCAAAGCGGUGGCCUCCCCCAGAGUGGGCAGAGCGUGUCCUGUUACCAGCUGCCAGCACAGAGAACGUGGAGCCUCCGUAAGUGCACGUCACAGCAACGUCAGACAGAGGAGGCCGAGCCCCGAGGUCUGGCCCCACGCUAUCUCCUCCUGGCAUCUCACCCUGGCGCGAGCAGCUGCCAGGCAGCACGCCAGGGCCCUCUCCCAGCCAGGGCGCUUCCUGCCCUCCUGCCCUCUAAACCAUGAGCUCAGCUUCAGGGGAGGGCGGCGCAGUCUACCUGUGUCCCCACGGUCCGGGGGUAGGACGGCCCUCGUGACACUGGCCCCCACCACAGCCUGCCCCGGGACUCCCUGGAGAGGGCUGCCUGAUUAGCGUCAGGAUAACCGUCCACCCAAGCGCUGCACCACUCCUGUGUCACCAAGGAAGGGAUGAGAGCACCGGGGUUCCUAUGCGAGGUCUGAGAACCCCAGUUGGGACAGUGACCCCUGGGGAACCCCGCUGGGCCGGCCCUGGAGG